AUGCCUAGUCCCGGUGACGCGGAAACGAUCCGCAUUCUCGUUGCAACCGACAACCAUGUUGGCUAUAAUGAGAGAGAUCCCAUCAGGGGUGAUGACAGCUGGAAAAGCUUUCAUGAGAUUAUGUGUCUAGCGAAAAAGCACGAUGUGGACAUGGUGCUUCUUGCAGGCGAUCUCUUUCAUGAGAACAAGCCCUCGCGCAAAUCCAUGUAUCAAGUAAUGCGUUCCAUCCGGAUGAACUGCUUUGGGGACAGGCCUUGUGAGCUGGAGAUGCUCAGUGACGCCAGUGAGAAUUUUCAAGGAGCCUUCAACCACGUCAACUAUGAGGACUUGGAUAUCAACGUGGCCAUUCCUAUCUUUAGCAUUCACGGCAACCAUGACGAUCCAUCCGGGGAGGGUCAUCUCGCGGCAUUGGAUUUGUUACAGGUUUCUGGUCUCUUAAAUUAUUAUGGACGAACCCCUGAAUCAGACAACAUCGAGGUCAAGCCAGUCUUGCUGCAAAAAGGACGCACCAAAUUAGCUCUCUACGGAAUGAGUAACGUUCGGGACGAACGGUUAUUUCGAACAUUUCGGGAUGGCAAAGUCAAAUUCUUCCAGCCCUCGGUCCAGAAAAAUGACUGGUUCAAUUUGAUGUGUGUUCACCAAAACCAUCACGCUUACACAGAGACCGGUUAUCUCCCCGAGAACUUCCUACCCGAAUUCCUCGACCUAGUUAUCUGGGGUCACGAGCACGAAUGUCUGAUCAACCCCCGUCUCAACCCUGAAACGAAGUUUCAUGUAAUGCAGCCUGGAUCUUCGGUGGCCACAUCCCUUGUUCCAGGAGAAGCGGUCACGAAACAAGUUUCCCUCGUCAGUAUCACAGGGCGAGAGUUCAAGUCUGAGCCCAUUCGACUGAAAUCAGUGCGACCCUUUGCCAUGAGGGAAAUUGUCCUCUCUGAAGAAAAAGGGGCGCAGAAACUGGCCCGCAAAGAAAAUAAUCGUACAGAGGUCACUCGUUUUUUGAUGACUAUCGUGGAAGAGCUGAUCGAGGAGGCCAAAGCCGAAUGGCUGGAGAACCAAGACGACACCACGGAAGAUGAGGAGGAGGAGAUACCGCUACCCCUUGUCAGACUUCGCGUUGAAACAUCCACGCCAGAGGGGGGUGCCUUUGACUGUGAAAACCCCCAGCGCUUUUCCAACCGCUUUGUUGGCAAGGUCGCCAAUGUCAACGACGUGGUGCAAUUUCACCGUAAAAAGAAGCAGGCGACUACGCGUAAGGACGGCACUAUCGAAGAAGCAACGGUGUCUCAUUUAUCAACCCUUGACACGGUCAAGGUGGAGCAACUUGUGCGUGAAUUUCUCUCUGCACAAUCUUUAAGCAUUCUGCCACAGAAUUCUUUCGGGGAUGCAGUGUCCCAAUUUAUCGACAAGGACGACAAGCAUGCCAUGGAAAUGUUCGUGAACGAAUCCCUCGAAAACCAGAUAAAGCAUCUGUUGGACUUGGAUCGAGACGGUGGCGUGGAUGAUGAGGAACAAGACCAAAGCUCGUUGCGGAACGCCAUGGAAAAGUACCGGACACAGAUGGAAGACAUGUUCUCUCGUGGAAUCAAAAAGCGUACGAGGGGGAAAAGACGAUUCAAGCCCAAACCAGACGGCUGGGACAGUGAGUUUGAUGGCGCCUGGGAGGACCAGCCCGGGGCGCUCAUUCACUCUGAUAACGAAGCCGGUGAUCCAAACCAAGAGGACGUUGCCGAAGACGGCGAAAGGCCGACACGGACAGGGACAUCGACUCGUGGUCGCGGCCCGGGCCGGGGCCGCGGAGGUCGAUCCACUGCAGCCACCGCUAACAGCCGGAAACCCGCGGCUACAACGAAGACCACAUCAUCAGCUUCCACGAAGGCCGCCCCUGCGAGAACAUCCCGAGGCCGUGGAAGGAAAGGAGUAUCUGAUGAUGAAGAGGAGGACGAUGUUAUCAUGCUGGACGACGAUGACGAGCCCGAUGUGCAGAAAGCGCUCUCCGAGAUAGAUGAGGACGAUGACGAUGACUCACAGGCGCUCUUCGUGAAACAACCCACCACCAGAACCCGCAAGACCGCCGAAGCACCAAGUGCUCGUAGUCAACGUCAGAACAAACGAAGCGCACCAUCUCCUGCUCCGUCAUCAAAUACCCUAACCGGAACCGCAACGCGGCAAUCGAAUGCACGCACCCGAGGCAAGCCGACACAAACGACCCUGAGUUUCACCGAGUCUCAGACAUCUCAACCCGCGAGGAGAUCAGGUCGCUCAAACAGAGGCGCCAGCCUGGUUAGUGAGGAUAUCGAUGACGAUAGUGAUGACGAUUUUGAAGUAAUGCCAAGUUCAAGCACCAGAAGGAGAUAA